AUGGACCUUAAACAGCAUGUUAAUCAUAUUUGUAAGGUGGCUUUUUGCCAUAUACGUAAUCUAUCAAGGAUCAGGAACUGUCUUUCUUUAAAAGAUACGGAAACAUUGUUCCAUGCAUUUAUAACGACCAAGCUAGAUAACUGUAAUUCAUUAUUGGCUGGGCUGCCACAAUACUUAAUAAAUAAGCUUCAGCGUGUUCAUAACGCUACCGGGCGUGUAGUCUCCCGUACUCGCAAGUAUGAUAGAAUUACGCCAGUCUCAAUGGAUCUCCAUUGGCUACCUGUUAAACGACGUAUAUCUUUAAAGAUAUUACUACUUACAUAUAAGGCCUUGAAUGCCUUGGCGCCUCAAUAUCAACUCUACGCUCUUCUAACAAACAGUUCUUGCAAGUGCCUUAGUUUAUCUUAA